AUGUCAGAUGAUGCUGCCAAAGCCACCAUCACCAAUGUGGAUAUGGCAGUGGUGAACACUGAGCUCUCCCAAAAUGAAGGGGAAUUGUCCCCUGUUCAUGUUGUUGAGGAAUACACCUUUGUAUCAGACCACAGCACACACAAGACCUUGCAAAUUGCCCUCUCCCAGGAGGAAUUAGACCUUGCAGGUAAUUUUCUGCAUGACCUGUGCCAAGAAUGCCUUUCCUCUACCAUAGCUGAACUGGCGCCACAGACUGUGACACACCACAGUCCAUGUGCUUCUUCCCUGCCUGGUGAUGAGCAAGUGAUGCUCCAAGAAAGCAGUCCUUUCAGGAAGCAUACACUCUCUGCUAGCGCUUCUUUAACUUCUGAGGCCAAGAGAUAUUGUGGAGACCAUCCACUACCAGAUGUUGGUAUGUCCCCCUCAUCUGCCCCAGAGGUCCUGGAGGACACUCAUUCAUCAAUGGAUAGGAUUCAAAAUGCUGUCACAGUUUCAUCCACACCCAUACCCCAACCACUUUCUCAGUUAUAA